AUUUACUUUUCUGCCUUUCUGGAGCUUCGUUUGUGCUUGCUCUUGAUAUUUUCUAUGAACUCAUAAUAUUCUUAUUACUUAUUACUGUGGUUUGAUGUUGAUGUCAUUGAUGGGGUCAAUGGAAUAAUGGGCAAACAUAAAAGCAAAUCCAAGAAGAACAAGAAAGAUAAGAAAAUAUCCAAGAGAUCACAAGGGACCAGCUCUGAGGAAGAAUGGGUGGAGAAAAAAAUUGUAGAAUGUUCUUCAUCUGAGGAAGACAAAACUGUUAAAAAGGUAUUUAAUGGUAGGAGAAAGUACAGAUCAAGUUCUAAUGACUCAAUUUCAUCAGAUGAAGAUGGAAAGAGGUCUAGGAAAAAUAAAAGGAGUAGAUAUAAGUCAAGUUCUAGUGAAUUACAAUAUAAAGAGAAAUGUGGGGUCUCAAAUAGUGAUCUCAAUUCUGACCUGAAAAGAGACAACUGGAUGAAUUUACCUACUUCCUUUUCAACUUCUUCUACUCUAGAAAGAAAAACUGAGAGGGAAAAUCAAAAAAGAUUGCAGAGAGAAAAAGAACAAUACAAUCCAAGAGAAUGCACUAGAGAAUUAAAUCCUUACUGGAAAGAUGGUGGUGAUGGUUUGCCAAAAUUCCAAAGGCCAGAAUCUGAUGAGGAGAAACCAUGUAUAAACCCUAAAAGUGGCAAAUACAGCAGUAGGUCUUCUAAUUGGAGGAAACCCAGAGAUGUUUCAAAGCAGUCCACCUCAAAAAGCACCACAGUAGAAAAACAAGGUAGUGAUAUUGAUGAAAGAGUAUCAGAAAGUGUAGUUACUACAGAGAAGGAAUUGAACAUGUUGGCAGCUAAACUUGUAAAAGCUGAGAUUAUGGGAAAUACAAAGCUUAUUAAUGAAUUGAAAAAUAAGCUAGAAAAUGCUAGGAGUUCUCUAGAACUGGAGGCAACUAAUGAAGAAGAAGUAAUUUUGACACACACAGAUUCCAAAGGAAAGUCACAACCAGUUAGACUACAGAGUGAUUAUAAUGAACCAUCUGUCCACAAGAAGAAAAAGAAAGUUGAGACACAUAAAGAUGGAGAACGAAUCAGAUAUUUUGCUGAUGAUGACAAGUAUUCUCUGAAACAAAUGUUUGAAAAUGAAAAAUAUAAUUCAGUAGAAGAUCAGAAUAAGGAGUUUCUGGAAAUGACUAGUAAAAUCAGCAAACAAGAUGACAUGGAUGAUUUAUUCUCUGAUAACAUAAGAAAGUCUCAAUCUGAUUUGAAGAUUGAUGCUAAGAAUAGGGAUAGGGCUAUCAGUGAACACAAGAAAGUUACAAAAAGCUUAGAAAAUUGCAUUCGCUGUAUACAAUCUGAGAGUAUGCCUAAACACUUGAUGAUUUCCAUGGGUGAAACAGCUUACCUUUCACUACCCACUUAUGAACCUCUAACUGAAGGGCAUUGCCUAAUAAUACCUAUAAGACAUGUACCCUGCUCAACUCAACUUGAUGAGAAUGAGUGGUCUAAUAUUCUGGAUUUUCGCAGAGCUCUUGUUAAUUUAUUCAGAUCCAAAGGUGAAGAUGUGAUCUUUUUUGAAUAUGCCAUGUAUUUUCACAAAUUUCCACACAUGUUGAUUGAGUGUGUACCUCUUCCAAAAGAAGAUGGUGAUAUGGCUCCUAUAUAUUUCAGAAAAGCCAUUGAUGAGUCAGAGACAGAGUGGUCACAGAAUAAAAAACUUGUGUCUCUUAAAGGUAGGGAUGUUAGAAAAGCUAUUCCAAAAGGUUUGCCUUAUUUUUUUGUGUCUUUUGGUAUGGAGGAAGGUUAUGCUCAUGUUAUUGAGGAUGAAGAACUAUUUCCAACCAAUUUUGCACAGGAAGUUAUAGGAGGUAUGUUGGAUCUGCAUCAUAGUAAGUGGAGGAGGCCUAAAAGUCAGCAGUUUCAAGAGCAGAGCAAAAGAGUAUUGGAGUUUUCAAAGGAAUGGAAAAACUUUGAUUGUACAGCCAAUGUGAGCUAGAUGGAGAGAAAAUUGAAGGAAUCUAGCCUUUUUCUGGGCCAUUCCAUAGGCCCAGAAAUUGCUAGAAUUUUGUGAAUUUAGCCAAUGUUACAACAAUAUCUAAUAUAUAAAAUUCUCCU